UCGGGCUUCGAAGCCGCUAAGGCAAGCCGCUACCGGAAAAGCUUUGGCGGAAGAGAGCUGGCUGCGGCGGCGAGCGUGCGUAGCGGUCGUGUCUACUUUCCGCCUCAGUGGAUCGGCGUCCCGGUGCUCGCGCGCUUCCUCACGUCCUUGGCGGAGUCUCCCGGAGGCCUGGAGCGCGCGGCCGGCCGAAGGUGCGGGAGCGGCCCGCUGGGGGCUCUGCGCGGGACGAGCCGGACGGGAGGUAGACGCUGUGAUUAUUUAGGAGUAAAGGGAUGAGAAAACAAGCGGAUGAGCGAAAAUGUUAACAUUUGGAAAAUCUGACUGAAGACUGAAGUGCCCUCUCAGCUUUCCUGUGAGUGAAGGUUCUUGGUCGUCCACAAUGGGGGAGCCACAGCAAGUGAGUGCACUUCCACCACCUCCAAUGCAGUACAUCAAGGAAUAUACAGAUGAAAAUAUUCAGGAAGGCUUAGCUCCCAAGCCGCCCCCUCCAAUUAAAGACAGUUACAUGAUGUUUGGCAACCAGUUCCAAUGUGAUGAUCUUAUCAUCCGCCCUUUGGAAAGUCAGGGCAUUGAACGGCUUCAUCCUAUGCAAUUUGAUCACAAGAAGGAACUGAGAAAACUCAAUAUGUCUAUACUGAUUAAUUUCUUGGACCUUUUAGAUAUCUUAAUCAGGAGCCCUGGGAGUAUAAAACGAGAAGAGAAGCUAGAGGAUCUUAAACUGCUCUUUGUCCACGUACAUCAUCUCAUAAAUGAAUAUCGACCCCACCAAGCAAGAGAGACCUUGAGGGUCAUGAUGGAGGUCCAGAAACGUCAACGUCUUGAAACAGCUGAGAGGUUUCAGAAGCAUCUGGAACGAGUCAUUGAAAUGAUUCAAAAUUGCUUGGCCUCUUUGCCUGAUGAUUUGCCCCAUUCAGAAGCGGGAAUGAGAGUAAAAACUGAGCCAAUGGAUGCUGAGGAUAGUGGCAACUGUCCUGGACAGAGUGAACAACAAAGAGAAAAUUCAGGUCACAGGAGGGACCAGAUUAUAGAGAAAGAUGCUGCCUUAUGUGUCCUAAUUGAUGAAAUGAAUGAAAGGCCAUGAAGAGAAUUUCUCUUUGUUUUUUCCUCCUUUUAGUAAAUAGCAUUAUAUAUUGGUAUAUUUUCUCUUGGACAUUCUUAAAAAGUUAUAACUAAAAAUGUAAAGGGAUAUUUUUCCUUUAUUUUUUUUUUUCAAUUUUGGCAUACCAUAGGCAGCAAUUUGACAGAGUACACAUAGGCAACUGAGUUAUAUUUGCAUAAUCACCAUAAAAGCAGCGUAUUUGCUGUUGUGUGCAAAGUCCUAUUUUUGGAGUUGAAAUAAAAAUUUAAGGUAAUGGUGACCUGUCAUUUUUUAAUAAAAGUUAUUUGCUAUAAGAAUAAAA